AGCAUUACUUCUAGCUAAUUAUUAAUCAUGGAAAUGAUUACAAGGAUGGUGAAUGAUAAGGCUGUGGUGAUAUUUAGCAAAAGCACAUGUUGUUUGAGUCACUCCAUCAUGUCAUUGAUAAGAAACUUUGGUGCAAACCCAAUUGUUUAUGAGCUUGAUGAGAUGACAAAUGGGAUACAGAUUGAAAGAGAAUUGCUUCAAUUGGGGUGCCAACCAAGUGUACCAGCUGUGUUUAUUGGGCAACAACUCAUUGGUGGCUCUAAAAGAAUCAUGACACUCCAUCUUCGCAAUGAGUUAGGACCAAUGUUGAAAUGA